AUGGUCAGCUACUCGGGCUACCCCCACAGAUUCGGCAAUUUCGACAACGACGUGUACGACUGCGCCUGGGGCUGCUUCUUCCUGCGCAUGGGCUGGUUAGACGACGACAUGGAAGGAUCGUUCCAAGCGCCCGUGAUGCUGGCACACCUGGAGAAGUACCUCGAGGACUGGAGGCUCCCGCGUACCAGUAGAAUGACCAGCCGUUGCAUUUAUGUGAAUUACCCUCACGCGGAGCUGACCGGCUACGCGCCGGACUGCGAGCAGGCCAAGCUCCUGAAGAACUGCCUCAUCAGAGAAGAGUAUCUGGAGAUUACGCACAAGCACAAGUUGCAGUUGGUCGAGCUGCUGCGCAGCUGGCUGGGCGUGUGCGCCGACCUGGAGGGGCUGCCGGUGGGCGAGGUGCUGGACCGCGCCGCGCGCCCGCCCGUGCCGUCGCCGCCGCUCGGCGACCCCGCGCCGCCCGCGCUGCAAGGCUGCGCCUGGCGCUGCCUCUUCUACGACAUGGGCUGGAUGGAUGAUGUAGAAGGAGUGUUCCUUUUACCCGUCGUGAACGAGACGAUAAAGAUGUAUUACUACAAAACAGACUUAAUACCGCAACUAAUGGAGGAAUCUACCAAAUGCGUCGCAGCCGCAAACCUUUUCUACGAGAACCCGGACGUGGACACGCGGCCGCUCGGCUGCGACCGCUCGCAGCUCUACGUCGACUGCCUCGUCAAUAACUUCUUCAAGAACCUCACAUCGCCUUGGUUCACCGAUGAAGCGAGGAGCAUCAGGGUCGGUAACCAGAGCUCUAGUCCCUCCCCGCCCCGCGGGCGCCACCGUCCUCGCGUGCCUCCGCGCGGCUCGCGCCCCCCACCCCGCGAGCGUCCCGGCCGCCCCCCGCAGCCGCCGCUCGUGCGCACGCGCCUAUUAGCGCGCGUCGCGCCGCUGCCGCUCGCGCCCUCUGACUCCGUCGUUGUCAAAGUCAAAGUGAAGACGGACACAUGA